GAGCAAGCGAGACGGGCUGUCAACUCGUGGCUCUGAAAAGCUGUCAGAGCGAGUGAGCGAGCGAGCGAGAGAGAGAGAGAACACAUCCCCUCUCCAGAUGGUGUUUUAAACGCAGACAGAAGGCUACAGAGGGGAUAGAGGAGAGAACCAUUAGACAAACACACCAGACCCGGCCGCUUCAAGCCACUGACAACAAUAAGAAAUAACCGAAACGCAAGAUGGUAGAGCACGACUCGACGCAGGAUGUGUAGGUGAAAUGAGUUGGGCAUAGGCGGAAUGUUUGCGCGCUGUGUUCCUGGCUGUACUGGAGGAGUGAGCGCUCCCUGCGCCUGAACAGUUGGGAGUAGCUGCGGUCAGACCCCAUCUCGCCCUCGAAAAGGAACAUUUACUGAAGCUCUGGUCCAGGGUUAGGAAGCGCUUGGAGCACUUCUGUGGAUUUAGCAGAGGCACCUGACCUCGCUAGAGUUUUUACCGCAGUAAUCUGUUGGAACAGAAUUUGGAGCCAGAAAGAUCUGGAGAAGAAUUAGCAGCAUCUCUUCACCUAAUGUGAGGGGUAGCGGAGCUCGAUCCGUGGAAUGGGAUCUAAAACAUCCGAGAAUAAAGCAGGAGUCAAAAAAGGGACUUUUGCGCUCGAGUUUACUCCUUGUGAUUUCAACGUUUAAAACAAAGUUGUGUUUCCUUGGUCAUCCGAAUUUGUGUUGAACCGAUGGAAAACGAUUAUCGCUUGUUUUUAAAAUUUGCCAUCUAAAAGGAACAUAAUACCAAAGACUCGCUUUAAUACUAAAGCUACGCUUAGCUUUAGCUUUGCAAAAAUAUAUUUUCGAUCUCUGAAAAUUGAAUUACCUCAUUAUAUAUUGUACCGAAAAGUCAUCACCGCUUGGAACCCAAAGGCGUUCAAUAAUAGGCUUCAUCGGACUGUCUUAAAACUCCAGUCUUUUUUCCUUGAAUUGUAUAUCUGUGCUAAAGACAAAAAAGAACACCAUACUUGUGAUUUUCAAUUUUGGAAGGGUUAUUCCGGUUUUUUUUCCAGCUAGAAGUGAGGCGUAAUACUCGCCCCUUUUUGUUCGCGUGGAAUAUUUUUGCUGCAAUUACCUCAGUUUGACCUCGACCUUCACAAAGUAGUGGUGAACGAAAGGUCGUAACAAUGCCAGAUUCACCAGCUGAUAUCAAAACCCAGCCCAGGUCGACUCCGCCCACAAUGCCACCUCCACCACCCGCCGUGAGUCAGGCAGCCAAUCGCAACGCUUCUUUCACACCAACAACAAUGCUGAACGGGAGCAGCCACUCCCCCACGGCGCUGAACGGUGCUCCGUCCACACCCAAUGGCUUCAGUAACGGGCCGGCCAGCUCAUCCACGGGCUCCCUGCCCACCCAGCAGCUCCCUCCGGCCUGCGGCGCCCGCCAGCUCUGCAAGCUCAAGCGCUUCCUCACCACCCUGCAGCAGUUCGGCAACGACAUCUCACCGGAGAUCGGAGAGAGAGUGCGCAGCCUGGUCCUCGGCCUGGUGAACUCCACUCUCACCAUUGAGGAGUUCCACUCCAAACUUCAGGAGGCCACCAACUUUCCUCUCCGCCCCUUUGUCAUUCCGUUUCUCAAGGCUAACCUGCCCCUCCUGCAGAGGGAGCUGCUGCACUGUGCGCGGCUGGCUAAGCAGACGCCAGCACAGUACCUGGCCCAGCACGAGCAGCUGUUGCUGGACGCCAACGCCAGCUCGCCCCUGGACUCCUCCGAAAUCCUCCUGGAGCUGAACGAACAUGGCAAGAGGCGAACUCCAGACAGGACCAAAGAGCCGGGCGCGGAGAGGGAAGGUCUGCACGUGGAGCACCUGGCCAAGCGUCCAUGCACGGUGAGCCCCAGCCAGCGCUUCAGCCCGAGCAGCGGUCUGGCGGCCCAUGCCGCCCCCAACGGCCUGCCCGCGCACCCCCCGAACGGCCUGCCACACCCCACCCCUCCCGCACCGCAGCAGUACCGCCUGGAGGACAUGGCCCUGGCCCACCACUACAGAGACGCCUACAGACACGCAGAGCACAGGGACGCUCGUGAACGACACCGCCAGACAGCUGUGCAUGGAGCACGACAGGAGGAGGUGAUCGAUCACCGGCUGACCGACCGUGAAUGGGCCGAGGAGUGGAAGCACCUGGACAAUUUGUUGAACUGUAUCAUGGACAUGGUGGAGAAGACGCGGCGCUCCCUCACCGUGCUACGACGCUGCCAGGAAGCUGACCGCGAGGAGAUGAACCACUGGAUCCGUCGCUACAGCGAUGUGGAGGAUAUGAAAAAAGGUGGGAGCUCCACCCAGCGUCCUCCUCUUCCUCCUCACCACCACAACUCUUCCUCUCCCAACAGUCCUAACGGCAGCGAGUCGCAGCAGCUAGAUAUCCACCGGGACUUCCUUCACCGGACCCCGUCCGGAUAUCUGCCUGAAGAGAUCUGGAGGAAGGCAGGUGCCCCCAGUAUCCAGCUCUCUCCAUCUCUAAAACAGCUCCACAGCAAACAGGAGGAAGCGGUGAACGAGGUGAAGAGGCAGGCUAUGUCCGAGCUGCAGAAGGCCGUGUCGGAGGCUGAGCGCAAGGCUCAUGAGAUGAUCUCCGCCGAGCGCUCAAAAAUGGAGAGGGCGCUCGCUGAGGCCAAGAGGCAGGCCUCUGAAGAUGCGCUGUCCGUCAUCAACCAGCAGGAGGACUCCAGCGAGAGCUGCUGGAACUGUGGCCGCAAGGCGAGCGAGACGUGCAGUGGCUGCAACACGGCGCGCUACUGUGGCUCCUUCUGCCAGCACAAGGACUGGGAGAAGCAUCACCACGUGUGCGGCCAGGGCCUGCAGGGGCUGCCCGGGGGCGGGUCCGUCCCGCUGGGCACGCCCUCCUCCACCUCCAGCGCCUCGUCCGCCUCAUCCAGCGCACCCCCCACGCACUCGGAAGGCACUCCCCCGGGACCCCACUCCCUGGCUGGGCCCGCCAGCAGCGGGGGCAGCCCGAAGGACGCGGGCUCCAGCUCCAGCGGCGCCUCGCGCUCCACCACCCCAGCCACGCCCGCACUGCUGGACUCCUCCUCCCGCUGACCGCUGACCCCUCAGCCAGGCCCAGGCCACGCCCACCCACUGCUGCUGCUUUUGCUGCAUCCUCCACCCAAAACGAACUGAGAAACCUCCGCGCCCACACACACCCCCCCACCCCCCCAUGAGCUCUGCACGGACAGACCCUCUGCUCACUACUUCUCAGCUACCUGAAGCUCUCGUUUUGUCAACUCUGCAACCUCCAAAAUGAAAAAAAGAGAAACAAUUAAUUCAUAAACAAAACAAACGUCCAACACAGAAAGGGUUUGUUUUACCAAAGGCCACCGAGACACCCGAGAACACUGAUACAUGAUAACCGCCUCACACUCCUGUCUUAUUACAAAUAUGGCACUGACCUAAGAGUGACCUUUAACUUUAGGUUCUGCUUUAGUAACGUGUGGCCUCGGCGGUUUAAGCCCUGUAAAUACUUUCAACCCAUUGUGCAUGGAGGCAGCCCAUACCCAAGAUACUCCCACCUCCACAGGGACUGAUGGGAUUUUCUGGAAUCAUGAGGAGUUAAGACUCCUCCUGACAGUUGCUUCUGACCCCCUUCUCUGUUUUGGGUUUGUAGUGAAGGGCAGAUCCCACACCCCCACCCCUCAAAGCCCAUGCCUGGGUUGCAGUGCUCCGUUUCACAGUUCUUCACACGACAAAAGAUUUCUUUCACUGGUUUGUUUUUUGGCUUUAACUACGAAUACUCCAAAAAUCCAAAAGAAAUAGUGAUGAUGCUAAUAAUAAUGAUGAUAAUAAAGACCUGAUAACUACCUUGCUAGCGAGCCAAGAAAAACCUACACCGGACUCACCUCUCUGUUCUGACGUGAACCCAAAUGAAUUUUAAGAAAGAAAGAAAAAAAACGUACAUGAUCCAAACCUUUUUGAUACACUGCCAAAGUUACUAAGAGACACUCGUCUUGUAACCAAACGCAAACAACUUCACCUCUUCAACCCUGAGUCUGGUUUCUGUGGAGAGCCAGCGAGGCAAGGGGGGGGGGGUACUCUCCCUCCCCUCAUUGUGGUCCGCCACCGCCUUCUCAAAUACCGACAAACAUCGGCUCCAACCCCAACCAUCGCCACGGAGUCCGAAAAAAAACAAAAAAAACGCGGCUUGCGCUGGAUCCGUGUCUGACGAUAAACAGAUCGGCGAGAGAAGGCAUGGAAGAGUGAGCCGUACGAGACAGUGACAAGUACGAAAAAUUAGAAACAGAAAACACGCUUGGCCUCAAAAGAAAAGAUGAAUGGCAUGGGAACUGCCAAAAAAAUACAAAACUCAAAAGAACUAAGAGACCGUCUGGGAAAGGACGGCACAAUAAGGAUGCGCCUUUUCUCUGAAGCAAUUUUACGUUUUUCUAAAACUCUCUGAAUGCUGACAUAUUUUACAUUGAGUUGUACGUUUUCAUUCUCCCUCGUUCUCCAAAGCAUGACGACCAGACUGAUGCGGUGUAGACUUGGUCCUCUUCUGUCUUCUUUCUCCUCCCCUUUGCCCCCAUACGCUUUAUUGCUGUUUUCCUCUUCCUGCUGCGAACACUCUCCCACCCCCUGACAGAGCCUCCGAGCAGAUAUCUAAGAAGGGAUCAAACGUGUAGAUAUAUUCCUUUCUGUUUCUCAAUGUCUCUGUCUCUAAUGUCUGCCUCUGCAGCUCUUGUGUGUACUCAGAAAAAAGGGGGCCUUUUUUUUUUUUCUGUUGUCGUCUUUUUAGUUUGGGCGGAACAUUGACGCGGGACAUAAAAAAGACGCUCCAAGCGGAGACAGGUUGUGCUGUACCUAUUGUUCAGUUUGUUGUAUCAAUAUUGAUGAAAAGAAGAUCCUCAUGUAGAGUAUUUUAUAUCGCUCGCGUUUUACGACAGUGAAAGGACGGAGGUGCAAUAUGAGAAGAGAAUUCAGCUACUGAAUGGAACCUCAGAAACCACCCUUAGGGUACCUUAUAAUAUAAAUAUACAUAUAAAUAUAUUUAAAAUAACAACAGUAACUUAAUGUGAAUGUAUAUAGUAUUUAAAAAGAGGUCCAAAAAUGUGUUUGCCAAAUAACAGAAACCUUUAAAGUAUAAUGUCUAGAAUUUGAUUUCACUCAUUUCUUUACUUUCCCAAUCAAAGCAAUUGUAAUUACUCAUUUAGACCCAUGCAUUUCCCCAACACCCCCACCCCCUGUAUUUUACUCUGUAUAGUGUGUAAUCUAUAGAUGUAGGUAAACAGGCAGAGGGGAAUGGGAAAGUUAGUGGUUUUCUCACCACUGCACGUAUAGAUUACUGCUAGAUGCCUCUGCCGAUUGGUGUAGCGAAAUGUCUCCACACUCUCCCCCGUACACAGAGAGAACUGAUGCAAGUCCGAGUGUGCGUCCGCGCACACAGCCUCCUUGUUAGGCUGGAACGGUGUGGCAGUGGCCCUUUUCCAGCCAAGGAGGGGGAUUUAUGUCCCACUGCUCUCGGAUCUGUCUGGUUUGGACAGAAGCAGCCUUCUCCAGAAACCUGGCCCGGCUCCCUCAGCAGGCUGGAACUGAACUCUUAUUACCAUCCUCUGUGCUCACAUGCCACCACUGUGGUCCAACCACAACACACACACACACACACAUACACACACACACACACACACACACACACACACACACGCACACUCUCAGAAAACCAAACCUCUAUAAAUGGUCCAAGAGCCCGACACCAGAAUCAAGCUUACCCUAUGAUUUUUCUCUCUAUACUACAGUACAAAGCUAGUUAGUCCGAGUGUUUUAGUUUUCUCUGGCCCUGUCUAUAAUGUGCAGAUGCAGUAGCUGCUCCUUCCCUGCAGAGGUGGUGGGACCCCUUGUGGCAUAACCUGGUCUGUGUACAUGCAGGAUGGAGUGUGCACUGCAUGCGGGUUUAACUACACGCCGCUGAAAUUCCAUGCCGUGUUGUUCUUGAGGGUGCCCCGCACGCCCAGCGCCCUUGAGAGUGAGUGGCGAGUCAGUCCAUCAGCUUCCCUGGAGUUGCGCAGCCUUUCGGGAUUUUAGGGUCAUUGGAACAAGGCGAAAAGCACUCCAGCCUCCUGGAGUCGAGGCUUCCGGUCUGUUAAUUUCGAACUAGGCGAAACAUUAUGUGUGCUCUUGUCCACAUACCGUUCCUCUGACAUGGACCAAACUUGAAAGUUUAUUAUUUAUUGUAUUGCUGUCCUAUUUAGCGCUUUUAAUCCUAAUUGACUUCUCCUUUCAUUUCUCCCAGUGCAUAUUUGAAUGACCUAUCUUCAUAAUCUCAAUUAAUAUGACGUUUUUGCCCAUCUUUUCAUUUUUACGACGCAGUUCUCGAGCAGAGACUCUUUAACUACGGCCAUGCAUGUGUUUCUCUCUCUCUCUCUCGCCAUGGAUGGUCCGGUUUGCAUGGGAGUCCCUUCUCCUGGCCCCUUAGCUACCUCCUGUCUGAGAGAAAGUCUUGUGAGCUUGGGAGGCAGUGCUGCUAGCAGGCAUGCAAAGCCCCACACCGUAACCCGCAUGGCCUUCAGAAGAGCAAUUUACAUUCCGCCUGGGUGUAUUCGGCUUGUUGGGGGUUUUGUUGUUGUUUGUGUUUUUAAAGUAAAAAUUCAUCUUCAGGCAUAUGAUUCAUAUAUUCUCACCGAAGGUGUUUGGAGAAUUUAAAAGUCAGCAUGUGUUGAGCUUAAGACCGAGGACAGCCGUGCUUUACUUUACGAGGAGUAAUAUAUCACUUCAGUCUUUGUCCAAACGUUCAGUGUAGCUAAACAUUUCCCGUAGUUUUCCAAAACAGCCAAAAGCACAGACCAAAGCAUCUCAGCACGCUGGGGGAUCCCGCAGCGAGCAGUGUGGGAAUUUUGGACAUCGUGUGAACUACAAUCGGAGGGAGCUUGGCUGUCCCACCGUGCCCGUGAACCAAAGCGGAGGGGAUAACCACACGGUCAAAGCACAAGGCAGCACCAAGCAUGCAAGCUAGACAAGAGACUUGUAGCUUGUGAAAAAAGAGAGUGCUUGUGUCUGUGAACCCAAAGCAUCAGAUAACUCUGUGAAGGUGUCUACAGUUGGCCUCAGAUGUGAGAGUUAUUAUUGUGCGAGCAAAUGAGUGCGUGACGAGAGAAAUGGAGAGGAUGAGGAUGCGGCGUGAGUGUGUGCUUGAGAGAUAGAGGCUUUCUCUCCGUGAUCUUUCUGUACAAACUACUUGAAUCUCCAGAGCUUUAAUACAACAGUGUGAGGAUACAACUCAUGGCAGAGAACAAGCAUGCACUUCUCAUUUUCUUCCUCUGCGCUAUUUUGCAUGCCUGCUUAGCUCGUCACGUUCGUACACAGACGGCCGUGCGUGAUGUCACUGGCACCUUAGUGUGUCUCCAACCAAAGCUGAACCAAAAAAAAAAAGAGCGAGAAAGGAGAGAACGCUCACGGAGUAUUUCACUGCCCAUUGUAUAUAACUUCACCGUCUUAGGCACGGGCGGGGUCUGGGGGUGGGCUGCACUGUUCGCGUGUGCAGAUUUAUUGGGGUGAGGGGACAGGUUGGGAGACAUCCAGACCACAUGACACUGCGGGAGAAGGAGAGAGAGAAACGACAUCCCUGCCAAUGCCGAGGACGCACUAACGCAAACCUGAAAUUAUUAGGAGCUGCGGGACUGACUGGUCAUCACUCAGACAAAAUUCAAAUGAUGCUACAUUUAGCUGAGCAUUAGAUGUAUUUAUUACAAUGAAAUAUUUCUAUCAGAUCCUGCGUAUGACGAGGGUUUUGUUUUCCCUGUUGUUUUUCAUUCACUUGAGUUCUGGCAUCCAUGGUGGGGGGGGGGGGGUAUAGGUGUAAUGGUUUACACCACAUGCAUGCAGGCAUAAGCCUUUCUGACUCUGUACAGGGACCCCUCGCCGGUGGACAGCCACAGUCCACUCGGCUGUGCUCUAAGAACCUCACACUAACCGGAGUAAGAACGCUACUGCUGGCAAGGCUGGAGUAGGCGCUCAAUCUCCCCAGUGCUCAAGAAGGUAGAGAGAUUUUUGUAAAGAUACCCGAAGACGAAGGCUUGGUUUGAUGCUUUUAGGGAACCUUAUUUACUGUAUUGUGCAAUACAUUGUUACAGAAAAGACAUUGUUUCUGUCGGAAAAAGGUUGGUGUGAUGAAGAAUUUUUCUGUUCCUCUUUAAAGGUCCUGUUAUCAGUCUCUAGAUGAAGUGAACUGUGCCAGGAGAAUUCUGAUUUCUGAAUUCUGAUUUCUGAUUUCUUUCUUGCAUGCUCUCCUUCCUCUUUCACGACCCUCCCUCUUCCUUACUGUGCGCUUCGUUGGAUAUGUGACGCUGUAAACAUUCUAAAUCAGGUUAUUGUCUGUGUUGAGAUAUGUAUCUGUGUAAUUAAAAAAGACAGCGAAAUAUUAAA